UGUGAAUUGUAUGUACCAGAUCGACCUACUUUAGCUACAACAAUAACAAAAACUGCAACGGACUGCAACAACAGCAACAAUAACAACAGUACCGUCGACAGCGUUCGUAGCAAUUGCAGUAGUAUGGCGCGAGGAAAGAAAAAGGGCGGACGUCGGGGAGACUCGAGCGACGAAGAUCACGACACGAGUAAUCCAGCGCCUCCGGCUUCCACGGCUCCUCCCGCCGGUCCUUCCAAAAAGUCGCGCAAGGAAAAACGGCAACAAAAGAAGUCACAGCAUGUGGAAGACGAAGAUAAUGGAUCGGUGGACGGUGCGGAUCAAUUGGCGGCACUCAUCGCCGGUACCCAGUAUGGGAGCGACAGUGAUGACGAUGAUGACGCCCACGAUCCCUACGUCGCCCCACCUGCCUCACAAAACAACAAAGGUAAACAUCAGAAAAAAAUCAAUGCCAAGCCUAAAGUACAUUUUCAACCCUCGAGCGACGAGGACGAUGAUCAAGAUGUGGACGAAAACGAAGAAGCGGACAACGCUAGCGUCGCGGAUCAGGACCAGGACGAGGACGAGAGUGUCCCACAGGUUGCAUUCCAAAUGGCGGAUGACGACUGGGGUACUGGCAGUAGCACCAAAAAGAAGAAAAAGGAAAAGAAAGAAAAGAAGGAGAAAAAACACAAAAAGGAAAAGAAGAAGAAAAAGAAAAAGUCUUCCAGUGACGAGGACGAAGAUUCGCCAGUCGAAGACCUUACCGAAGCCGUAAACGACCUAAACAUUACGCACGAUGAGCCCAAGAAAAAGACAAAGUUCGAACUACAAAUGGAAGCCGCAAUGAAGAAGAAAGAGCAGGAAAAGGUACACGAAACCCCUCCCACGAUCGAAAAGACGAAAAA